AAAUUUAGUCUCGUACCUCUGAACGUUUGCUAUUUGUUUACUCGGCCGAAAGAACGUGAACAAAAUCGUAUAGAAGUAUUUUUGUUCAUAGAAUUAUUGGAUGGGGAUCACACAAAUAUGUCAGCAAGUGGAGAAAAGCAAUAUGGAUUAAUCCUGCCAUCGAAAAAUAAAGCACAAAAACAGGCUCUCAAUGUCCGGAAGUUGAAUCCCUUACUGGACUCAGAUGAUGAGCUUGAGCAAGAUGAAGAGUCUCCACUGAAUUGGGUCGAGGCUUCUCUAAAGAAAUCAGCAGGAAAUUCUGGUCAGCAAGCCCUGCAGCGACGCAUGUUACGAGAAGCUGUAGCAGAAGAUGCAUCUGUGUUCCAGUAUGAUGAAGUUUAUGAUGAGAUACAAGCUUCAAAGACAGCAGAAGUGGCUGCAAAGAAGCAGAACAUUGAUAAAAAGCCAAAAUAUAUUCACAACAUCUUGAAGCAUGCUGAGAAGCGUAAAUUGGAAGGGGAACGUCGGAAAGAGAGGCAGGUUCAAAAGGAGCGUGAAAUGGAAGGCGAAGAAUUUGCUGAUAAGGAGUCAUUUGUCACAGCCUCUUACCUCAAGAAAAUGGAAGAAUUAAAAGAAGCAGAAGAGAAAGCAAGGCUUGAAGAACUGCAGGAAGAACAAAUUGAUGUAAUGAAGCACAAGAACUUUGGUGCAUUCUACAACCAUCUUUUCAAGCAAAAAAUGGGAGAGACAGCUAUAAAAAAGGAACCAGAGGAUAUUGUCAUCAAAAAAGAACCAAACAGUGAUGAUGCAUCUGGCAACGGAGAGACAGAGAUUGUACGGCGACAGGAUGACAACAGGCGUCAGAAACACUAUCGGACCCAGCGGGACUUGAGUGAGUCUCCUGAGCGAGAGGUGCGAGGACAGAACAAAGUGGCAAGACGCAAUGCUCCCUCUUCAGAUUCAGAGGAAGAGGAGAAGGUCGAGUCAUACAGAGAGAGAAGAGAGAGGCUAAAAGCAGCAGAAGACAAAAAGGACAGAGCUGAUGAUAGGUCUAGGGGAAGAAGCAACUCCAGAGAAAGGAGAAGGGACAGAAGUAUCUCACAUGAGAGGAGGAGAGAACGAAGCCGGUCCAGGGAACGGAGAAGAGAAAGGAGUCACUCACGAGAGAGGAGGAGGGAAGGCAGCCAUUCAAGAGAAAGGAGAAGGGAUGUGGAGAAAACCUGGGAAAGAGGAAGAGGAUAUGACAGGACAAGAGAGCGGAAAUUUGGAAGGGAUAGGUCGCAGGAGAGAGAAAGAUCCAACAGGGGCAGACACAGAUCAAGGUCAAGGGAUCGCCAUGCUAGACACAGCAGGUCAAGAAGUCCACAACGAAGAAAGGCUGGUGAGCGACGAUCUCGAUCACCGCAGAGGCAAUCAAGGAGUCAUGAAAGGGUGAAGAUUAAAGAGGAACCAAAAUCUCCAGACAGGAGAGAGAGUACAAAGGAAAACCACAAAAAUGAGAAGCGCAGUACAGACAAGUCUAAAGAUGGGAAGGGGGAUAAUAAGUCACAGAAAGAAGGAGGUGCUAAGGUGAAGAAAGAGAAUGAAGUGGAAGACAAAGAGAAGAGGAUGGACCGGAUUCGUAAACUCUUCGAGAAACGAACCGUUGGAGAGAAGUUUGACCUCGCACUGCAGAGGUAUUAUGAGAGGAAAGCUGCAAGAGAAUCACAGGGUUAAAAUGCAAACCCAUGUUAGUACAAGUUUGUCCAUUUGAAAAUUCAUAUACCUCUGCUUUUGAUAGCAGUGUCCAUUUUGGUUGUUUUUUAAUAUUUUUUUUUUUUUGAAAGUGUAAACUGUUUAAAGAGCUUAGUAGGAAAGAAACUUUUGAACUUAUCAAAUGUUACAGGUGGAAAUUUUGAUAAGCUUGUUAAUAUAUAUGAUAACUUGUAUAUUUAUUUGUAUGCAGCAUUUCCUAUUAAGAAUCUUGAUACUAGUUACAACUGUUUUAAUAACCUUUUUAUACAUUAUUGUUAAGAGAAAAGAAAAUUUCUUCCCUUUUUCCUCUAAUUCCUGUUUCUGUCCCCUGUCUUUUGCUUUCACUUCCACUUUCACUCUUCUUCCUCUUCCUCUAUUUCUUAUUUCUUCUCUAUCUCCCUUUCUCCUUUUCUUUCGUACCUGCCCCUCCCUUUCCCAUUCUAUUUACCAUUAUACUUACUUUUCCCCCUCUCUCUCUGUCCCACUUUCUCUCCUUCCUUCUCAUUCUCAUGUGCUUAUACAAGAAGAAAAUAUCUAAAUAAAAAAGCUUAAGAAAUCACAAUGUUUAUCUGUUUGCUUCAGCUGUGACCAACAUUGUCAAUUAUAAUAAAAUCAGUAAUUUUUAUUUGAAAAACAUUACUUUGUAUGGAGGCUUUCAAAGGAUUUGUUACUAAACAUUUCUUACUUUGUAUUUAUCUAGAUUAAUAUAAUUAUGAUUAUCUAAAUAAAAGGUCAUAAAAUA